AUGGCUCAUCAUUUAAUGCUGGAUGAUGAACCCGAGAUCCACCCCAAUCCUCAAAAUAUUGCUACAGCUAUCAUCAGAAUUGGGCGAACUGCCCACAAUUUCCUCACUUGCGGGAACCCCGGUUUGCCUGCCCCCAGUGUGCCAGAACACUGGGCUAAUCUAGAGUACAGACGAUCCGAUAACACUUCAUUAACAUACAGGCCAUACAGGCCAUACACCUCGUUCACACCCUCCCCUUCGCACGAAGGGCAACAUUCUAGCCACUCCAUGCGUCGUGUGUCCCAGACUCCUCAAUUGUCUCUGUUGAAUAUCGCCUCCCCUGAAUCUUCAUCUACAUUUGCCGACUCUCAGUUUAACAUGACCGAGUAUCUGUUCUCGCCUCUUACCACAUCGUCAUCCACGCCGUCUGGUUCUCCAUCUAUUCCGAUACCCAUGUCUCCGUCCAUCCCUACAACACAUACUGACCUGGCUACUGUUACUCCAACAACGCCAAUUACAGUCUCUCCAGUGUCUACUAUACCUGUCUAUCUGACCACCUCAGAUACCCAACAUGGCGAUGUUCCCAUGGGCGACGAGCAUUCAUCCCAGGUCAAUGAUGAUGAUGAUGUGAUGGAACAGGACAUAGCAACAGUUGUUCCUCCACUCAUCACCCCUGUUUUACAACCAAUUCAACAUCCUCCUUCCACCAGCUCCACGCGAACGAGACCGUUGCCAUUACCAAACACUGCAGAAACUUAUUCGGGCCAGCUGUUAAAUAAGCAAUUCGCUGAAUUAUCCGACAAAAUAGUCGGUCCUGCUCUUAGCAAAGCCAUUGACGGUAUGAUUCCGGCGAUGGUUGAACGGAUAGCGGGCGAGAUUAGAGGUCUCUCCUCUCCGUGCUCUCACCACCCUCGCGUCUUGAAACGCGGGUCUGUUGAAGAUUACGAUACCGAGCCUGAACAUGAGGACGAUCUCACCCCUUCCCCUCACAGGAAGCAUCCAGGAAAGUGUGGUACUAAAAACCAUUUACAUGACUUGUUUCGUAAAUAUCUUCGGGAUAAACACUUUCUGAAGUUGAAGUCCAAGAAUGGUCCCCUGCCGCAAUCACCUCCGUCGCAUGUGGUCGAAGCAUAUAAUCGUGAUAAUGAUAACCCGCCAACUUUGGACAAAAUUGCUAUCGAUUGGCAGGACUCUUUGAGGUCCUCUGUGUGGAACGCUGAGGCGGUCGAUUUACUAGUAGUAGACUUUCAAGAAAAAGUCAAGACAGGCAGUUUCCCAUUGGUAAUUUUCGACAACGACACAAUGAACCUCGAUAACUUGUGCGUGCUUUGCAUCAACAAGCUCCGUCGCACUCAACAAGCUUGUCGAGAGCACAUGAAGAUUGAAGGAUUCGAAGACAGUCAACAGAGGGAGGUCGCUACCCGUGACUUGUCUUAUCGUAACAGUCGAAGGCAACACUUAGAUAGGUGUAAUACCUGUAAACAUGGGACGCUCGAAAGACAUAGGAAAGUCGUUGACCAAAAUCGCCACCGUAACCCUCAAUCUUGGGACACGAUCAGGCGCAUAAUUGAUUGGCUUGAUGUUGAUGGAAUGAGCGGGGAUGAAACUGACACCCCUCUUGGUGUGACACCAAAGAUCGUGAGGCAUGUGGCUCUCCCAUGGAUCAGUCCGGCCAUCACUGAUCUCCUUCACGCUAUUGAGUCCUACGUUCCCACAGUGUAUGAGGAGAACAUGUCAGUCCCGGUUGGUAACUCAUCACUUCUUCGUCUCAUGGAGGCCAAACGCACCUCAAAAAACUCUAUUGCAAUCGCACGUCUCCCCGCAAUUGACUUUGAUGUCCCGCUCUUGGGUGCCUAUUAUUCUGCGAAUGAUAUUCGUCGGUAA